AUGUCUGACUACGGUCUAGAACAAUUGGAGUACUACUUUCUGUUCUCCCGACCCUAUGUUUGGUGGAUCAUUGCCAUCUACCUUUCCAUACCUAUCUCCAUCUACAUAAUUCUUCCCUUUCUAACAUUCAAUGGACCGGCCGGAAAGCGGAAAACGGUGUCGAUUAUCGUCCUAGGAGACUUGGGACACUCCCCUAGAAUGUGCUACCAUGCUCUAUCCUUCUCAUCGCUAGAUUUCUAUGUGAAUUUAUGUGGAUAUAUUGAAACACUGCCUCCACCAGCAGUGGUAGAUGAUAUCAACAUUGAAACAUACCCAAUUGAAGUGGUAACCAAUACCUCGGGGCUCCCAUACCUCGUGUUUGCAAUCAAGAAGAUCAUCUUGCAGUUUUUCCUGUUGGUCUCGCUCCUUUUCAAGCUUCGUGGAAGCGAUUACUUCAUGAUCCAGAAUCCUCCAUCUAUCCCCAUUCUUGCCAUCUUGAUUGUGUUCAUCAAGUUGUUCAGCCGCCGCUCGAGACUUGUGAUUGACUGGCACAAUUUGAAUUACACCAUCCUCAAUUUGAAAUUCAACAACUUGAACCAUCCUUUGGUGAAGUUUUUGAAGCUCUAUGAACAUUAUUUGGGUAAGUUUGCGUGGCUAAAUAUCACCGUGACUAAGCAGAUGAAGAAAUUCUUGAUUAGUGAGUUUGAUAUGGACAAAAGAAGAAUCAUUGUCCUCCAUGAUAGGCCAGCCAACCAAUUCCAACCAUUGACCAAAACGAAACACUCUAAACUGGAACUUUUGGCCAAUCACGAACUCUUUGAAGGAAUCAAGGAUAUUCAAAAUUACAAAAUCUUAGUGAGUGCGACCUCGUUCACUCCCGAUGAAGACUUUGGCAUCUUGCUAGAUGCGCUCAAGAAAUACGAUCUCGCUGACAAGACUUUACCUCCAAUUCUCUUGAUCGUCACAGGCAAGGGUCCACUCAAAAGCCAGUUUCUUGAAAGAGUAGAGGCACUUAAAUUCCUGGACCGUGUCAUAAUUAGAUCGGCAUGGCUCAGUUCAGAAGAUUAUCCGGUGAUCCUAUCUUUAGCUGACUUGGGAGUUUCCUUGCAUACGUCGCUGAGUGGCAUUGAUCUUCCAAUGAAGAUUGUGGACUUCUUUGGCGUUGGAGUGCCGGUGGUGACGCUUUCGUUUCCUGCAAUUGGUGAGCUUGUGACUGACGGAGUCAAUGGGCUAGUGACGCACGCUGAGAAGGAUAGUGCGGUCUCUGAAACCGAUGAAAUGUUCAGGUUGAUCUCGAAUGCAUUGGGCGACCCAGUCUUACUUGGAAAACUCAAAGACGGUGCUCUACAUGAGAGCGACAAUAGAUGGAGGGAGAACUGGACCAAAAACUUGGGCAUGACGUUCAAUUACACUAAACAGUAA